AUGCCGCCGGCCUGCAGUGUCCUCAGAGCAGCGACCGCGAAGGCACCAACAACAGUACUUGCAAUCCAAGCCGUCAUUAUGUCCCAUACCGUCGACAUUCCGCAGGAGCUCAAGGCGGCCCUCCGCAAGUUCAGAUUCGCCAGGCGGAAUGCUGGUCACGCCGCGAUGGUCGUCAAGAUCAACAAACAGAAGCUGAUCAUGGAAGAGGUGGAGCAGUUCGAUGACAUUAGCAUCGACGACCUCGCAGAGGAGCUUCCCGAGAAUGCCCCGCGAUACGUUUUGCUCUCGUACGAGCUCAAUCACUCAGAUGGACGCAAGAGCUUCCCUCUCGUGCUCAUCAACUGGGCGCCGAGGUCAAGUGAAAUGAGUCUCUUGACCCUACACGCCAGCGCGUUCGUGUCCUUCCAGACUACGGCUGAUGUGAGCAAAGUGAUUGAAGUACGAGAGGGAGCAGAGUCCUUUACGAAGGACCUGAUUGACACGAAGCUCCUGCAUGGUUGA